AUGUAAGAGGCUGCGCGCCCGGCUGGUGAGAAGAGGGAAUCGGAGCGCCGAGAUCAUGGGAACCCCCGAUCUGUGGUGGAAGCACAUGGAUCGGAGAAUCGAACAGGCGGCAAAGAAAAAAGGACGCCAAGGGUCUUCCCUGACUCCCGCUGGAUCUUAGCAGACAGACCCCAAAGAAGAGAAAUCGCCUUAAACGGACGGAUCGUGGGGUCGUUGCAGAGGCUGGGGGAGAAGGGGAAACAGUCGGCAAAAUCUUUCCUUCGGGUAUUCAAAGGAGUUAAGUACUGGAGAGGCAAAGGAUGCAAGACCUCACCACAAGAUCCGGGCAUGAAUGAAAAGUUUCCCAACGAAGAAAGACUCUUUUCGUCGAACUGGUUGUUUUCGGUUUGGGUUUUCCCUUCCUCAUUUUUCCCCCCUGAAGCCUAUCCCGUCCGUUUGUGCCCCGAUGAAGAAAGAAGUUGAUCCCGGCAGGGACAUUUGAAAACAGCCACGUCCUAAGAGUGACGGCCGGGGAGGGAGCGAGAAAGACAGGAAAGAGAAGUAUCAUGUAAAGGAAGCUGGAAAAGGAAAGGGGAAAAAAAAUCCCAGCAGGCUUGGAGCUCUUUUGGACCGAACUAGAUGGAAAAUUGCAGAUGGAUAUUUAAUUUCCUAUCCUUUUUUCCUCCCAUCAAAUUGGAUCUGUUGCCGAGAUGAUGUAGUUUUGCCCUUGGUGGUGCUGGUGCCUGGUUUUUGUUUUUUGUUUUUUUGGUUUAUUUAUUUUUUCUUUUCAAACACCCACCUCCCAUCUUUUCUUCUUCGGAAUUCCAUUCUGGAUAUCCUUCUUUUGCUCCUGGGUGAUUUUCAAAUACAGUUAAGACUAUGAAGAAAGACUGGCACUUUGACACAAGUGGGUUGGCUUCAAUCUUGCUAUCCCCCAAAAAGAAGUCUUGUGUGUGUGGGACUCAAGCAAGUAGAAUUACUUCUAGAGUACCUUCCUAACAGGCCAGGAAUUAAGAAGGGUAGAAGAUGGACUAAGUAUUCUGACUAUUGGAACUCCUGAAGGACCAACUCCAAAUAAAUUAUGAAUGUUGAACAAGAUGAGCUUACAUCCACAGCAGAUAAUGAUAGGUCCUAGGUUUAACAGGGCCCUAUUUGACCCCUUGCUUGUGGUGCUACUGGCUCUUCAACUUCUUGUGGUUGCUGGUUUGGUCAGAGCUCAGACUUGCCCUUCUGUCUGCUCCUGUAGCAAUCAGUUUAGCAAAGUAAUUUGUGUGAGAAAGAAUCUGAGAGAAGUCCCUGAUGCUAUAUCUACUAACACUCGGUUAUUGAAUCUCCAUGAGAACCAAAUUCAAAUAAUCAAAGUGAAUAGCUUCAAACACCUGAGGCAUCUAGAAGUCUUGCAACUGAGCAGGAAUCACAUUAGAACAAUUGAAAUUGGGGCCUUCAAUGGUCUGGCUAAUCUCAAUACCCUGGAACUCUUUGACAAUCGUCUUAGCACCAUUCCUAAUGGGGCAUUUGUGUACUUGUCAAAAUUGAAGGAACUUUGGUUGCGAAACAACCCCAUUGAAAGUAUUCCUUCUUAUGCUUUUAAUAGAAUCCCUUCCCUGAGGAGGUUAGAUCUGGGGGAAUUAAAAAGGCUUUCAUAUAUCUCUGAAGGUGCCUUUGAAGGUCUAUCCAAUUUGAGGUAUUUGAACCUUGCUAUGUGCAACCUUCGAGAAAUUCCUAACCUCACACCACUUGUAAAACUGGAUGAGCUAGAUCUUUCUGGGAACCACUUAACUGUUAUCAAGCCAGGGUCUUUUCAAGGAUUAAUGCAUCUGCAGAAAUUGUGGCUGAUCCAAUCCCAGAUUCAGGUGAUUGAAAGGAAUGCCUUUGAUAACCUUCAGUCACUAGUAGAGAUCAAUCUGGCCCACAACAAUCUAACACUACUGCCUCAUGACCUCUUCACACCUCUCCAUCUGGAAAGAAUCCACCUGCAUCAUAACCCUUGGAACUGCAACUGCGACAUCCUAUGGCUCAGCUGGUGGAUUAAAGACAAAGCACCCUCCAACACUGCAUGCUGUGCCCGUUGCAACACACCUCCCAGCUUGAAAGGAAGAUACAUUGGUGAGUUGGACCUAAACUACUUCACAUGCUAUGCUCCUGUGAUUGUGGAGCCACCAACAGACCUCAAUGUCACUGAAGGCAUGGCUGCUGAGCUUAAAUGCCGAGCAUCAACAUCCCUGACCUCUAUAUCUUGGAUUACUCCAAAUGGAUCUGUUAUAACACAUGGGGCUUAUAGGGUUCGGAUUUCUGUGCUCAGUGAUGGCACAUUAAACUUUACAAGGGUAACCGCGCAAGACACAGGCUUGUAUACAUGCUUGGUGAGUAACUCUGUGGGGAAUACAACAGCUUCUGCAAUUCUUAAUGUAACCGCACAGGAGUGUAUUACUUAUUUUUCAACCAUCACAGUAGAAACUGUGGAACCUUCUCAGGAUGAGGCACGGACCACAGAACAGGUUUGGCCCACACCAGUUAUUGAUUGGGACACCACUAAUGCGACAACCUCUCUCACACCACAGAGCACAAGGUCAAUGGAAAAAGCAUUCACAAUUCCUGUGACAGAUUUCAGCAACGGGAUCCCGGGAAUAGAUGAGGUUAUGAAGACUACCAAAAUCAUAAUUGGUUGUUUUGUGGCAAUCACUCUUAUGGCUGCUGUGAUGUUGGUCAUUUUUUACAAAAUGAGAAAACAACAUCACCGGCAAAAUCAUCAUGCUCCAACACGGACUGUAGAAAUCAUUAAUGUGGAUGAUGAACUUACAGGUGAUACACCCAUAGAAAGUCAUUUGCCCAUGCCAGCAAUAGAGCAUGAGCACUUAAACCACUAUAACUCUUAUAAAUCUCCUUUCAACCACACAACAACAGUUAACACAAUAAAUUCCAUACACAGUUCAGUGCAUGAACCAUUAUUGAUCCGAAUGAACUCUAAAGACAAUGUACAAGAGACUCAGAUCUAAACCAUUUACAGAUUUAAAGGGGGAAUUUAAAACAAAAAAAGACAGUUUAUUAAAAAAAAAUGACACAGAUGACUGGGCUAAAUCUACUGUUUCAAAAAAAGUGUCUUUACAAAAAAAGAAAUUUAUUUAUUAAAAAUUCUAUUGUGAGCGAAAGCAGACAAAAUUAUGUGUAUUCCUCAGAACCUCUUUUUGCUGCAUUUAUUUACCCUACUCUACUGAUUUCCCUUUCCUUUCUUCUCUCCCAUACCUUCCCUUCUAUCCCAUUUGCCAUAUUUUUCAUAGAACAACUUGAUUCUCUAAAGAACUGGUCUAGGAAUUUUUGUAAGAAUUCUGUUAAUGCUUUGGGGAUUUUUAUGGUGAAUUCUAGUGGUGAGAUUCAGUCUAUUUUGUCUUUUUUCAUUUCACUUUCUUCUCAUGCCCUUUUUGAAAUGGUUCAGAGGGGGAACGUUAGCAGUAGAUUCACAAGAACAAUCAAGGAACAGAAACAAACAAAACAAAAUAUUUUAUUUUUCUUUUAUUUUUUCACAUUUCUGUAUUUCCUGAAGGGACAAUUCUGUGGAAGGGGGAAAAAUCCAAGAAAUUAAUUUUCAUGUGAGCAUCUAUAAAACCCAUGAUCUUUUAAACAACUCUAGAACCAGGAUUUGUAGUUCAAACACUAAAAUAAGAUUAUAAAUAAAAUAUUGUUGGUUUUUUUCUGUACUCAUUUUUAGUGUGAUGUUAAAAUGUCAAAAAAUUGUUCCACAU